AAUCACUCCUCGUCAACUACCAACGCCAAACUCUUUCCAUAUAUAUAUGUAACCUCUCAAUUCACUAACCCUAAACCAAGAAACGACACAAAGAACAAAAAGAAAGAACAAAAAAAAAAAGUAACAUGAGAUCACUCUUACUAGCCGUGUGCCUGGUUCUUGCUUUGCACUGUGGUGAAGCAGCCGUGUCUUGCAACUCGGUGGUUUCAGAGCUGUACCCUUGCAUAUCCUACGUGGUUCAAGGCGGAAACGUCCCAGCCAGCUGCUGCAACGGUAUCAGAACGCUCAACGGUCAGGCUCAAACCCCUGCGGACCGCCAGAGCGUCUGUCGCUGCAUCAAAAAUGCUAUCGGAGGAGUCUCUUACUCUUCUAACAACCUCAACAAUGCUCUCUCUUUGCCUGCUAAAUGUGGUGUUAAUCUCCCUUACAGGAUCAGCCCUUCCACCAACUGCGACAGUAUUAACUGAGAAAAACCUGAAGGUUGCUACUACUACUACUACUACUACAAGAACUAAGAAGCCAGUAAUAAAUCAGGAAGACAUGUGGUUUGCUAGUAAUCAACUACUUUUAUCUGUGUGAUGUAUUGUCACUUCUAUGUUCUUCAAAUUAAAGUUCCUAUGAUAUCAGGACCAAAAAUAAUAUAUUUCUAACCACUCUC